AUGAGUGCCACAGAUUAUAGGGCUACGGCUUUAUUGACCGAGCAUUUUGGGUUCCCACCACUUGCACUUAUCGACGAUGUUAUAAAUGCGGUCAAUGACAUUAUGUAUAAGUGCACACAAGCGAUGGAGACAUAUUUAAAUGAGAGACAGCAAAAACGACUAGAAGAGACGAUGAAGGAGAAGAAUAGUGAUGAGGACGUUGUGAUGGAAGGUCCGGAGGAUACGCCGUCUGCAAUUCCGGAUGACGAAAUACAACUAGGCACGGCCAAGUUGGAGACGUUGUUGGAGAGUCAAGUUGACAAAAAUUUCGACAAGUUCGAAUUGUACGCAUUGAGAAACAUUUUCACAGUCCCAUCGGACUUGGUGAGGGAUGGAUGGGUGAGGUUGAUGCACCACGAAGGUAUAGAAUACCAGAAAGAUGAGGAUUCGCUGAAACUAGACGAAGAAAUUGAAAAGUUGAUCAAGUUCAUAAACAUGGAAUUAAGCCUCCGCAAGAUUCUAAAGCUUCAAAUAACAAAGGCUAACAAGCUUGUGCGGAUGCUCAGACUGUUUCGUCUGUGUUUGAGCUUCUUGGACCACGAUAAUAAUGGUGAAAAAUUGACGGCCGAGGCACGUCUGGCGAUAAAAUCUCUUUCUCCUUUGGAUGAAAACUUGUACUUCUUGCUAUCACAAGUGGACGACUUAAUAACCCAAGUCCUGAAGAUGCAUAACAAGUUUAAGAAUGGCGUUUCGCAAGGUGGAAUUAAUGACAUGGCCUUUACGCCUUCCGUGAGAGAUAGAUAUAUACAGGGCAAGUCUUUCAAGUUACUAGAGAGUAUUGGAGUUUUGGAACCAGACCAUCUCCAAAACUCCCAGAGUGAUAUUUUGCAUAUUACAGAUUUCACUUCUGGUUCAGACAUCGACAACGUGAAACAAAUUAAUGAAACAUUGCAGUCAGUAAGGCUGCCCGAACCCCAACCGCAACCUUCUUCUGGAUAA